GACACGGGAAGCAGCAGCCACGUCGAACUUCAUUUCCCAGGAGGAAAUGUAAUCUGUCAGUUGUAUACGAUCUACGAGCUCAGACAGGCAGUGCAAGGGACGACUCAUCUGAACGGUGUCAAUUCUGUCUGUCUUUCAAUGAUUAUUGCAUUUGCAGUCAAAACAGGCAACAUUUAAACUCACUUGGCUAUAAAUAGUGAAUCCCUAGCCCCCCGCCCGCUACCCUUGCACAGAGAUAUGAGCGGCAGCGGGCGGCCCAGAACUAGCUCGUUUGCUGAGCCACAAGGUGUUCCCGGAGCCACUGCAGCAUCCACUGGAUCAGCCGCUGCCGUGGGGAGCAGCACGGGAAAGACCGGGGUCCCGCAGGCCUCGGGGAGCAGUUCGUCUGGAUGCUCGAAUUUAAAGCUGUCCAGGGACAGUGGGAAGGUGACUACAGUGGUGGCCACAUCUGGGCAGGGUCCCGACCGUCCACAGGAGGUGUCCUACACGGACAUCAAGGUGAUCGGGAAUGGCUCCUUCGGUGUGGUGUACCAGGCGCGCCUCAUCGACAGCCAGGAGAUGGUGGCCAUUAAAAAGGUGCUGCAGGAUAAGAGGUUCAAGAACCGAGAGCUACAGAUCAUGCGAAAGUUGGACCACUGCAAUAUCGUGAGGCUACGCUACUUCUUCUACUCUAGUGGUGAAAAGAAGGAUGAGGUGUAUCUCAACCUGGUGCUGGACUUUGUCCCGGAGACCGUGUACAGGGUGGCCCGGCAUUUCAACAAGGCCAAAAGCAUCAUUCCGAUCAUUUACGUCAAGGUGUACAUGUACCAGCUGUUUCGCAGCCUGGCCUAUAUCCAUUCCCAGGGUGUCUGCCACCGAGACAUCAAACCCCAGAACCUGUUGGUGGACCCUGAAACGGCCAUCCUAAAGCUCUGUGACUUUGGGAGUGCUAAGCAGCUGAUUCGUGGGGAGCCCAACGUGUCGUACAUCUGUUCGCGGUACUACCGCGCCCCAGAGCUCAUCUUCGGCGCCACCGACUACACGGCCAACAUCGACAUCUGGUCGGCGGGCUGCGUGCUGGCUGAACUGCUGCUGGGACAGCCCAUCUUCCCCGGGGACAGCGGAGUGGACCAGCUAGUAGAGAUCAUCAAGGUUUUGGGAACUCCAACACGUGAACAGAUCCGUGAAAUGAACCCCAAUUACACAGAGUUCAAAUUCCCCCAGAUCAAAGCGCAUCCCUGGACUAAGGUGUUUAAGCCUCGCUCCCCUCCGGAGGCCGUCGCCCUGUGCUCGCGCCUACUGGAAUACACCCCGGUCACGCGCUUUUCGCCCCUGGAGGCCUGCGCUCACUCCUUCUUCGACGAGUUGCGCCAGCCCAACGCCCGGCUGCCCAGCGGCCGAGAGCUGCCCCUUCUCUUCAACUUCAGCACCACCGAACUGUCAAUCCAGCCCCAGCUGAACUCCACCCUCAUUCCUCCUCAUGCCCGCGCACAGACUGCUUCCUCUGAUGGCUCUGGGUUAGACGGCUCUUCUCAGCACAGCUCUGUACCCGGAUCACUAAACAGCACCUGAAAUGUCCCUGCAAACCCUCGGUCUGCCAGCCCGACGCACGCACACACACACACACACACACACACACACUGUAUUGCUUCUUUCUUCCUCGCUGCUUGUUAUUUUUCCCCAUUGGUUACAAACAUACCUUUUUUUGUAUUGUACAUACAUUGAACAAACCAUUCAUAGCCGGAAGAGGAGAUCAUUAGCUAACAAGGUAGUUUUGUUACAUGAAAUUGAAACUCGAUCAGCACUACAGGCUAAGAGUUGGAGACACAAACACACUUUCUCAUGUACUGACACCUUAAGUGUUAUCCCACUCCCUCGCUGCAUCUCCUUUGGCCCUCUUUCUCUCCGGCUGUUUAUAACACUCAUGUCCCUGCUGUUGGGGGUGACAUUUAAAGCUCCAGUGGGUGGGACAGGUCCUCUUUAUAAUACUUUUUAAUUUUUUUAAAUCUAGGUAUUUUUUUUCUUUUUAUUCUGUUUUAUUUAUUUGACUGAGAACUUCAUGACGAGUUCCUGCCACCACCACACACAAAGUGAACAGGAGUUUGUCUCUAGAAGCCAAUUGAGGCGUUUCCCCAGUUAGUCUACGAUGCGACCAAAUGAUUCGAAUGGGAUAAAAUGGUGUUGGUUGCAAGAUGGAGAGAUGAAGAGGCUGUGUUUGUUUUAUACUUUUAAAUGAUAUUUAAAAAGAGAUUAAAUGACAGCUGCUUUUUUCUUUUACUUGUAAAUGUAUUUAUUUUUUAAUUUGCUUCGGAAAAGGCACUGAGUUUUUACAUUGAAACGGGAGUAUAAUUGGUAGCCGUACUUGCUCGCAAUUUCCCAUGUGUGUUGAGGACCUAAAGGAAAAGUUUUGACAGAGGGUGGUGGAGUUAGAGAGAUCCAGGAUUCACAUCUAUGUAGCAGCAUCUCUCCCACUGACAAUCCCAAACUGAGCCUACUUUUACUGUCCGUGGGAAGACGAUCAAGGUGCUAUCGAUGAUUAACACUGCUGUGGUAGUCAAUUGUCACCUUCCUAUUGGCUUCAAUAAAUGGCAUACCAUCAAUUAUAUUUGGUGCUUGUUAUCCAUUCAUAGCAGGAACUUUUCAGAACUCCUGAUUUGAAAGAGGGAGCUUUCUGAAAGUAUAUACAAACCCGUGCUGUGUUUUGAGAUGUUAAUUUCAAAUUUGCAGUGAAGAAAGUGGACUUUUCGCAGCACACUUGUAAGAAUCUUUGUCAGUGUGGCACCCAUCUAGAUUGUAGAGGACGAAGGGAUUAUCAACUAUGGGGGUUCAGCCAUAUGGACAUACAUAUAUACUAUAUAGAGUAGUUAACUCCAGUUUGGACUUUGACACAGACCAUGAUCCCAGUUCCUUAUAAUAAAUUCUCUGAAAUGGGAGUCAAGGUGGGUCUGUGUGAAGACAUACUCUGUUACUGGUGUAGAAGGGCAGAUAGCUAGUUCAUAGUAGUCCUAUAGGCUUGUACUUUGCUAUGUGCUUGUGGGAGUUCAUGAUAAAUUGAAGGGUGGGGGGAAUAGCAGAGUAUUUGUGUGUUCAUGUGAAGAAUUGUACCUGCCAAUUCAAACCGCACCGUUUUUAAAAAGCCAGUGUUGUAGGUUUAGUUCAGUUCUCAGUAAUGACCACUUGAAUGCUUUCUAGUGCAGGCGCGUUAUGCUAUUGUACAACCUCUGCCACCCCCUUGUAUGAACAACCCUCAUGUGCUGACAUUGAUUUAAAUAACUCAUUUUCCCUCCCUUUAUCUCUUUGAAGCCAUCUGCUUCCUAGCCCAGAAUCCCAACUGAUUUGCUUGAAAUGUAGCAUAUCGUUUUGGAUUCCAUUUGCUUCUCUCCCUAACCCAUGCCCCCCCCUCAUCUUAUUGCACAUCUGUAAAUAUCACCCACUUUUUUUUUUCUUCCAUUUUCCUCGUUAUUUGUAUUAGCGUUUAUUUUCCAUUACCUGUUGAAGCCGUCCGUAACUGACUGGUCUCAUUUCCAUUCAAAAGUCUGUAAAUACAAUUUGUUUUCGAUGUCCUGAUUUAAGAUGUAAAUACCCCCCUACAAAAAAAAAUCUCCCUAUUUGUUGUCUCUCUCUCCAUCUCUCUGGUUGUGCACCCCAUCAACAUACCAUUGUACUGUAUCUCGCUGCUUUAUUUAUUGCUCACUUGGUGUUCUCUCAUGUAGGGAGAGGUUGAGGCACCUAACUUUUGUGGGCAUUAUGUCAAAUGUACUGUACUUGGCACCCACACAUUGGUAUGUUAAAGCAAGUUACUUUUUUGAAUGGGGAAAAGGUGUUUGGUUGGACAUAUCAAGAUUUAAUCACUCUCUGGUACGAUUCCAACUAAAUAAUUUCCAGUUUCACAUAUGUACUGAACUAUGACAGGGAAAUUUGAGUGUGGGCUGUUUUGAGUUUACCAGACAACCAUUCCGGCCAAUGACUUGCCCCCCCAUUCAUUACAAUGGGUACCUAAAAAAAGAUUUCAAGUGUGUGAAAGUGUCAUGUUGGGUGCAGAGGAGCCAUAAUACCUUCUUUUUUUUUACCCAGUGUAAUGUGAAGGGUAAACCUGAGGGCCAUGAUGGCGACAAGGUCGUUUGAUGCAGCCAGCCUCCCGCCCUUGACAAUGCCUGAGCCCAUCACGGACAAUUCUGACCUCUGCUGCUUUUAAAAUGGCAGCCAUAGACAAAAUUCAGUGACUGCAGUACGACGAGCCAUUUACCCCCCUCCCUUCUGUGUGUGCUUCCGUGAGCGUGUGUGGAAGUGUGUGUUUUAUGUACCUGCCUAGCUGCUGGUUUCAUAACUAAAUCUUAGCAGUAUCAGGCUACUAGUGUUUAUCCUAUAAGUACCAUGUUGCGUGUGUAUCAACAUGUGUAUGUAUAGCAACCCAAGUGAGGUCACUUUUACUGUUCUGUGACGUGGAUCAGUCAUUUUUCAUUCCAAUCCUGUUUCAAUUGCGUCAUCCUGGCCAGGAGAACUGGUGUGUGUUUUUGGGAUGAGGGAGGAGAGUGAAGGAGGGAGAGAACCAAACUGUCUGUAUGAAAUGAUCUCAUUUAAAUAAAGUGUAAAAUAGGUCUGAAAAAAUCUAA